UCGGUCGGUCGCUCGCCUCUCUGUUAUAUGUGUUUGUGCGCUUCUGCAGCAGCAGCAGUUUAACCACUGCCGGAACAGGCGGCGCCACCAAAAAAAGAAAAACAACCAACAAAAAGAACAACAAAACAAUAACAAUAACAAAACAAAAACAACAGUAAAAAGAGCAGCCGCAGUUGCAGAGCAGCAGGCGUCGCUGCUGUCUAUUGUGAAUUGCCGUUGGCCGUUCUUCUCCUGUUCUUCGCUCCCCGUUCCCAUCAUGGCCGCCGCGCACAGUAGUCACCACAAUGCGAAUUUGCUUAGUGCGGACAUCUCGCGACGCAAUCCACAGGACGAAUACGAACUUAUACAGAAAAUUGGCUCGGGCACCUAUGGCGAUGUUUAUAAGGCGAAACGCAUACAGAGCAACGAGCUGGCCGCAAUUAAAGUGAUCAAACUUGAGCCCUCUGACGACAUACAGAUCAUCCAGCAGGAGAUCUUUAUGAUGCGCGACUGCCGGCACCUCAACAUAAUCGCCUACUAUGGCUCCUAUCUGCGACGCGACAAAUUGUGGAUAUGCAUGGAGUUCUGUGGCGGUGGCAGCUUACAGGAUAUCUAUCAGGUGACCGGUCCCCUCACCGAGGUCCAGAUCGCCUACAUGUGUCGGGAGACUCUGAAGGGACUCGAGUAUCUGCACUCCAUGGGCAAGAUGCAUCGGGACAUCAAAGGUGCCAACAUUCUGCUCACCGAAUAUGGCGAUGUGAAGCUGGCCGACUUUGGGGUCUCAGCGCAAAUAACGGCCACGAUCAACAAGCGCAAGAGUUUCAUAGGCACUCCGUACUGGAUGGCGCCGGAGGUGGCCGCCGUGGAGCGUAAAGGGGGCUACAAUCAACUCUGUGAUAUUUGGGCCUGCGGCAUAACGGCAAUUGAACUGGCUGAACUGCAGCCGCCGAUGUUCGAUUUGCAUCCAAUGCGCGCCCUGUUCCUGAUGUCGAAGAGCGGCUUCAAGCCGCCGACACUGAGCAACAAAGACAAAUGGAGUCCGACGUUUCACAAUUUUAUCAAGACCGCCCUGACAAAGAACCCAAAGAAGCGACCAACCGCCGAGCGGCUGCUCCAGCAUCCCUUUGUCCAGAGCGAGAUGCCGUUGCGUGUGGCCAAGGAGCUGCUCCAGAAAUACCAGAGUCCCAAUCAGCAGUACUACUAUCUCGAUGGCGACGAGGAGACGGUGGCCGGGGUACCGCAGCGAAUUGCCAGCAAGAUGACGUCGCGUGCCAAUGGCAUUCCGGCCCAGAAUCAUACGCUCAAAACAGGCAUGACGACGAAUUCAACGUGGUACGAGCGUUCUUCUAGUCCCGAGACGUUGCCCAGCGACAUGAGCCUCUUACAGUAUAUUGAUGAGGAGCUAAAGUUAAGAGCAACCUUGCCAUUGAAUGACACCAAAGAAACGGCACUCAGUGCCGAAUGCAGCUGCGUCGGUGGAGGCGGCGGCGGCAGCAGCAGCGCUGGCGGCGACGGGGGCGGUGCAGCAACAAAUGGGGGCUACGGCGGCGGGGGCGGUGGCAGCAGCAGCGGCAACGGUGGAGGCCAUCAUCACUACCAACAGCAACAACAUCAUUAUCAUAAUUAUCAGCAAACGCAUCAUCAGCAACAACAUCAACAUCAACAACAACAACAACAGCAUCAACAUCAGCAUCAGUCGUCUGGCACAGCCAACCAGCACAAUCACAAUCAGCACCAUCAGCACCACCAGCAACUGCAGCAGCAGCAGCAGCAGCACCUUAACCACCACCAGCAACCACUGACAACGUCCAGCACCAGCAGCGCCUUAGCCACGGCAGCAACCAACUCCAAUUCCAAUACCAACUCCAAUUCAAAUUUCAAUUCGAUGAGCAUGUCUGCAUCGCUCUCGCUCGCCUCAAUGCCGGGUCUGAGCGCCUAUUUGGGGCUAUCCAAUUUGCGCACCACCAGCAUCGGCGAUGAUGACGAUCUUUCGACAUUACUGGACGUUGACAUUGCCAUGAAUAAUGCAGCACCAACUGUUGCUGCUGCUGCUGCUGCCACUGCUGCUGCUGCCGGCUCAUCUUCUUGUUCCGCCUCCGCUGCGCAUUAUUUGCGCCACAGCAGCAAUUAUCGCUCGGCGGCAGCUGCGGUCUCCUCAACGCACGCACCUGCUGCUGCUGACCAUGCUCAUGGGCUCUCCUCCACCUCCUCCUCCUCGCUCAUCCACAACACAGCAGCAGCGGCGGCAGCAGCAGCAGCAGCAGCGUCUUCAGCCUCGUUUUAUAAUCGCCUCCUACUCCUCGAUAAUUGCAGCGGCGAUGCAGUCUGCGGCAAGGGCAGCAAUGGCCUGGACAAGCACGAGCCCACUGCCACGGUCAAUCCAGCUCCAACUCCUCCAUCGGCAGGCGAUGGCUACUUGCAUUCCAAUUGUGGCGCCUCCACCAGCUCCGCGGCAGCCGCAGCAGCGGCAGCAGCAGCAUCUUCAUCUGCAUUGGCGGCUUCUGCUGCGAGUGGCCCAGCUGCGAGCAGCUCAACGCAUCUCUACCAGAAUCUGCUGCGGAGCAGCGCUGACAUCGACGAUGUGACGGGCAGCGAGAACAGCAACUGUGAUUACCGAAACGAGAGCAACCAGAAUGGAAUCGAGGAUUCGCCGCGUCGGCACAGCUCCAUGGAUCAGCUAAUCGGACUGCUUAACGACAUGGGCAAGUCGUCGCGGACGCGCAGCCUCAGCGACGGCGGUGCCCAGGACGACGAUGAGGUGGAGAAGGAGGCGCAACCGGAUCUGUUGAACAAUACGCCGCCUGUGCCGCCGAAGCGUUCGCAUCGGCGUCGCCACACGCCACCGAGGCCCAUCUCGAAUGGGCUGCCACCGACGCCCAAGGUGCACAUGGGCGCCUGCUUCUCCAAGAUCUUCAAUGGCUGCCCCUUGCGGGUGCACUGCACCGCCUCGUGGAUCCACCCAGAGACUCGGGAUCAGCAUCUGUUGAUCGGCGCCGAGGAGGGCAUCUAUAACCUAAAUAUGAAUGAAUUGCAUGAUGCGGCAAUCGAUCAGCUGUUCCCGCGACGCACCACCUGGCUGUAUGUCAUCAAGGAUGUGCUGAUGAGCCUGUCGGGCAAAUCGUGUCAACUCUAUCGCCACGAUCUGGUCGCCCUGCACUCCAAGCAGACGGUGCGCUUCUCGCUGCACAUGAACAAGAUACCGGAGCGGCUGGUGCCGCGCAAGUUCGCGCUGACCACAAAGGUGCCGGACACAAAGGGUUGCACGCAGUGCUGCGUCACCCGGAAUCCGUACAACGGCUACAAGUAUCUGUGCGGAGCGACGCCGACGGGCAUCUUCCUCAUGCAGUGGUACGAUCCGCUCAACAAAUUCAUGCUCCUCAAGCAGUGCGAGUGGCCGGCCAUCAGCAUCCUCGGAGGUGGACAUGGUUGUGUCCAAAACGGACAGACGCCCGUCUUUGAGAUGAUCAUCACGCCGGAGCUGGAGUACCCGAUUGUGUGCACGGGCGUGCGCAAAUCCGUAAACGGCUGCCUCAAGCUCGAGCUCAUCAACAUGAACAGUGCCAGCUGGUUCCACUCGGAGGAUUUGGAAUACGAUGGCAUGGCCACGAUGGUGCCACGACGCGAUCUGUUGAAGGUGGUGCGUGUGCAUCAGGUGGAGAAGGACGCCAUUCUCGUCUGCUACGGCAAUGUGAUGCAGGUGGUCACGCUCCAGGGCAAUCCCAAGCAGCACAAGAAGAUGGUCGCCCAACUCAACUUUGACUUCAACGUGGACAGUAUUGUUUGUCUACCGGACAGUGUAUUAGCAUUCCACAAGCACGGCAUGCAGGGCAAGUCUCUGCGCAACGGCGAGAUCACGCAGGAGAUCAAGGACAUGAGUCGCACCUAUCGGCUGCUGGGCAGCGAUAAGGUCGUCGCUUUGGAGAGUCAACUGCUGCGAACUGGAUCGCUGGGCAGCGAGGAGGGACACGAUCUGUACAUUUUAGCCGGUCACGAGGCCAGUUACUAGGCGCUACCUGUAAUAUUAAAAAAAAUACAACAGAUACACACACCCACAGACACAACACAUAACACACACAACACACACACAAAAUAAAUUUUAAAUGCUUGCAGUCGGGCGGCGUCGUCAACUACUAACUGUAAUUGUAAUUGAAUUACUCGUAGGCCAUAAGCUAAACUAGAUUUAAAGAAAAACAAAACAAAAAAAGGAAAAAAAAUUAAGCAAUUAGCAGUC